UCUUUGAUGUAAAUCUAAAUCAAAUUGUUUUUAUCAUAUGCAUAUAAAUAAUUACAGCGGUUGUGUAAAUGUUAUGCCUUAUUCGUGAUAAAUAAAACAUUAAUUUUAAUCGAUACAGUGUUCCCAGAUUUUGAUAACCUUAUUAAUAAAUAAUAAUAGUUUUGUAAGCAGUUGCUAUAUUAUCGAUUGCAGUAGUGAAAUUAAAGUAUAUAAAAAAUAAAGGAUACGUACACAUUUGCUGUCAUACGUGCAUUGACAUUACACGCAAAUCUGUUAAUAUUCAGUUAGUAAAACAAAAAAAAAAAAAGGACAUGAAAAUUCUUACAUACGUAUGUGUACAUUACAGCGAUUUGACUAAAUAUUAACGAAAAAAGCAAUUACAAGAAGAAUGCAGUGAGAAAUGUAACAGUUCAGUCUUACAGUUUAUUUAAUUAUUGGUGACAAAACAUUUUUACUGACAGAGGUAAUAAGAUUUGCAAGUAAUUUGUUGUGGUGAGUUUAUCAAAAAACAAAUUUAAACGGACAAUAUGGGUUCCGGACAAAGUACUCGUAAACUUACUAUCAAUAACGAAGAAGUAGGUGUAAUAGAAAUAUCGGAAUCCGUUGUGGAGCGUUUAACUCAAAAGGUGCCUGAAACAAAUAUUAACGUGGCAAGUGAAGUAAGAUCUACUACUUUAGCGGAGCCGUCUUCUAAAAAAACUGUUUCUCAACAAUUACCUCAAAGUGGUGAUAUACUAGCGAAUGCUGGAUAUCCCACAUAUCAUCCACAAUUAACUUUAACCGCUCUUCAAAUACAGCAACAGAAUGAACAAGAAUUUCGUAAACAGGAUAAUUAUUGGCAACAACGUUUGCAGAAAUUGGAACAAAAACAUUCAGAAAUUAAUGAAAUCAUUAACGCAGAAUAUAAAAAAGCAGCGGAACAAUUAUAUAUUGAUGGUAAAAAGGGGGUAAAUAUUCAUGAUACUGUCCAACCAUGCAAAAAUAGUUCUGAGAAAGUGUUCAAAUGUUACCAGGAUCAUCCUAAAGAAAUUCUGAAGUGUUCUACCUUAGUCGAAGAGUUUUCCAAUUGCGUAGAUCAGCGUCGUGCGCGUGUGAUUGCAGCACGUUGUUAAUAUAUCUUAAUAUUGAAUUGUUAGUAGCCAAACGUAAUGUUAUUUAAUAAAAAAAUUUCAAAAAAUAAA